AUGGGCUUCACUGCGACCGGGAUCGCGGCCUCCUCCCUGGCCGCCAAGAUGAUGUCCGCAGCAGCCAUCGCCAACGGGGGCGGGAUCGCAGCGGGCGGCGUGGUGGCCACGCUGCAGUCCGUGGGGGCAGCUGGACUCUCCACUUCAUCCAACAUUAUCUUGGGCUCCGUUGGGGCUGCUGUGGGGGCCUUGUUGAGGAAUUCAACUGGAUCCUAAGCCUGAAGAGGUCCAGGAGGGAAAAAAUGUGUCCUGAGUUGAACCCACAAAACCUGCACUCAGAUCACAGAAAGAUGAGGAAUAAAGGCCACGUGCCCAUGUGCCUCCUG